UCUGGAUUCUUUCAUAUGGUGUUGUGGCUGUGUACAGAUGUGGUUUUCAGUCAAACUGGGAGGCAUUUCAUUGUGUGACUGUCUUAUUAAGUUAAAAUGGUAUUUCAGAUAUCGGGAUUUUUUUUAGACAUUUGAAGAUACAGACAUGGGUACUUGGAUGCAUUGUUGGACUUUAUGUUCUUGCUUUUUGGCUUCACACACUACUCACUCGUUCAUCGUGACUCAGUCACCAGGACUCACACACGUCUCAGUUGGUGGUUCUGUUGAAUUAAGAUGUAUAUUUGAGCAGACCGUUGAUCACUGCUUUAGCGCUGCUGUGUGGGAAAGGUUGAAUCUUCGGACUGGAAAACUCACGCCAGUGGAUACUAUCCAUCAGAACAGUGUUCGACAAAAUACAGAUAAAACUUGCGUUUUGACUCUUAAAAACUUAACCAAGAAAGAUUCAGGCAUGUAUUAUUGUAUUAGCCAAUAUAGCAAAAUGGUUAUGAUUGGCAAUGGGACCAGGGUGAUCGUAACAGAUCAGUCUGAAGCAGAGCUCUCCAUCUUCUUCUCCGCACAUGAGUCUGAUUCACCAUCGGUAUCACUGCAGUGUCUCGUGACUGGACGUGUCCCGUCUCAGGUGCGCGUGUUCUGGAUGAUUGGAGAGAAAGUGUAUUCUGGAUGGACCGAGUCUGCCUGGACAGACAACACUGAUUCAGCCACAGAAUUCACUCGAGCUCAUCUCUCCGUUUCUGCAGAGGAGUGGCACGAUGUCGAUGAAAUUCACUGCUUUGCUGAAUAUGAUGGAAAAAACAUCUCCACAACUCUGAUGCGAAGCGGACCCAAGCCUGAAAUCUUCUCCUUGCUCGUGUACGCCGGCUGUGUGGCAGCGCUCCUGACCAUACUUCUAACUCUUCUCAUGUCUGUGGGAUUAUAUCGCGAUAUGUUGUUGACAAAAAAGUCCAGACGGCUCACAAGAAAAGAUGCCCACCGCAAACCUUCAUAUGGUAAACCGAACACACUGAGAGAAGAGGGUUCAUCUGUUCUGUGUUUCUCUGGGGAUCCCAUCAGUCAGAGACAGGAGGUUGUUCCAUCAAAACAAUAAAGGGUGGAGAAGGAAAUGUUGGAGUACGCUAAAGAAAUUACUAAAAUAAAUUACUAAAAUAUUUGUUUACUUUUGUAUUUAAAACCAUAAGCUUGUCUGUUCUUGUUUUUGUAAUGUCCAUGGUCUUUAUGUAUUAGUUAGGAACUGUUUCCUGUACUUAUCUACAGUUAGCUUUUAUUAUUUUCAUUUUUUUCUUAAUAAAAAUGUGUCCUCCUGAAAAUGGAGUUAAUAUUGUCUCUCUGUAGGGCAUCACACUUUCCAGAAAGAUACAGCCUGCAUAUCAUUUUCUGUUGAGCAAAGUGUUUCUACACUAAAGUACAGUACAUAUUUAAGACGGACCAUAACAGUAAAUGUUUCUUGAGCAGCAAAUCAGCAGAUUAGAAUAGUUACUGAGAAUUCUGUCCUUCAUCCCUGAUGUGUGCAGCACAGAACAGCAGAUCAGCUUUUUUUUGUGAUGUCACUUCUUAUCAUAAAUAAUAAUGCAGGCAACGUGUA